AACCGUCCGGGACCAAGUGGGAGUUUCCAGGAAGUAGCCAUAUUGAAGCCUGUGAGCUUGUUCCACUCUGUCAGUUUACAGACAGUGAUAGACGAGAGGAGCCCCUCGCCCAGCUCGGCAGUGAAAUACACACAUUCCGCAAUAUGGCUGCUACCGACGUUGACAUAUUUUCUAAUGAAGAAAAGCGCAACCUGAGUUUGGGCGGUCAUGUUGGCUUUGACAGUCUGCCCGAUCAGCUGGUCAGUAAAUCGGUGACACAGGGCUUCUGCUUCAACAUCCUGUGUGUGGGGGAGACGGGUAUCGGCAAGUCGACGUUAAUGAACACGCUGUUUAAUACGAUGUUUGAGAACGAGGAGGCGAGUCACUACCAGAACAGUGUGUACUUGCGGCCCAGAACGUACGACCUGCAGGAGAGUAACGUGCACCUAAAACUCACCAUCGUGGACACGGUCGGUUUUGGCGACCAAAUCAACAAAGAAGACAGUUAUAAGCCUAUAGUGGAUUAUAUCGACACACAGUUUGAAAACUACCUUCAGGAGGAGCUAAAAAUCAAGCGAUCCCUCUUCAACUACCAUGACACCAGAAUUCAUAUCUGCCUUUAUUUCAUCGCUCCCACUGGGCAUUCACUCAAGUCUCUGGAUUUAGUCACCAUGAAAAAACUGGACAGUAAGGUUAAUAUUAUCCCAAUCAUUGCUAAAGCAGACACAAUUUCUAAGAGUGAACUGCAUAAGUUCAAGAUCAAAAUCAUGAGUGAAUUGGUGAGCAACGGCGUGCAGAUCUACCAGUUUCCUACAGAUGACGAGGCAGUCACAGAGAUCAACUCCUCUAUGAACGCCCAUCUCCCCUUCGCCGUGGUGGGGAGUGUGGAGGAGGUCAAGGUGGGGAACAAGACAGUGAGAGCCAGGCAGUACCCAUGGGGAGUGGUGCAAGUUGAGAACGAGAGCCACUGUGACUUUGUGAAGCUGAGGGAGAUGCUGAUCCGCGUGAACAUGGAGGACCUCCGAGAGCAGACCCACGCGCGCCACUAUGAACUCUACCGCCGCUGCAAGCUGGAGGAGAUGGGCUUCAAAGACACCGACCCCGACAGCCAACCUUUCAGCCUACAGGAGACCUACGAGGCCAAGAGGAAAGAGUUCCUGGGCGACCUGCAGCGCAAGGAGGAGGAGAUGAGGCAGAUGUUCGUCAGCAAAGUAAAGGAGACGGAGGCUGAGCUGAAGGAGAAGGAAAAAGAGCUGCAUGACAAGUUUGAGCAGCUGAAGCGCAUGCACCAGGAGGAGAAGAGGAAGGUGGAGGAGAAGAGGCGAGACAUCGAGGAGGAGAUGAACGCCUUCAACAGGAGGAAGGUCGCCGCCGAGACGCUAUCCCUCUCGCAGCCGCUCAAGAAGGACAAGGACAAGAAAAAUUAAUUUAUGAGCUCAGCACCCAGGCCAACCGAGGAUUUGUCUUCCAUCACCAUAGCUACAUCAGCACAUGUGCCCUGACUUUCCUGUGACAUUUAAAAUGGACCAAAGACACUUGUGGACACUGAGGGCCAGACAGAGGGCAGCGAUGCUGGUGCUGCCUUGCCGAAAAUAAUGUGGCCAUUCGUCUCUAGGACUAUCCAGGUUUAUUUUGUUUAGUUUUGGUUUGUUUGUCUGACAAAUUGGGACUUUUUAUACCUUUUAUUUUGUAUUACCUUUUGUCUUGCUUCGAGAUGCACCUGAGGCUUGAGUCACUAGAGCACUAAUGUGGAGUAGACGAGAGUAAUGGGCCUCCAGCAAAUAUAUAUACAAAUGUGUGUUUAAUCUCUGUGCAGAAUCCUUAAAGCCAUGUUUUUUUUAAAUAGGUGAUGUAAUGCUAAUUAAUCUGCAUUUUUCUCUGUCUGCAUUUAGUGUUGUCUUAAACUGAGCCACGUCAGGCCUGAAUGAUCGUAUAUACGAUAAUAGCAAUAAUAGCAUCACAACGUCAAAUCUAUACACCUGGGUACAGAUUAAAUAAACCGGUCAAGUUUAUAAUAAGAGGGAGAGUUUCUUUGGUGCUGUUUUUUAUUUUAAUAUUUCAACCCACUAACCCACAUAUUUUUGUAGCUGUUUUUUUUAAGCAUUGCGAAACUUGUCAGGCACAUUGUGUUUGAAAUUGUGUCAAACUAUGUGAUUGCUUCCAUUGUAUGUGUGAGGGGAGUUGUUCACAGAGAAGCCGGCUCGGUGUCAAAAAGACACAGAAAGCCUUUUCUGUCUUAUUGGUUAGCUGAUCAGGACGUUUGCAUGAGAUGUAUUGACUUUCGUAAAUAAACUAAAAGCACGACACCCGA